UUGUCGAUGGGUGGGGGAGGUUGAAGGGGUCAGGCAACUGGGUUGGUGGGCGUUGGACUGCCUGCUUCUGUUCAGUGGCUGGGAAUCAAAUAAAAAACGAAGCGAUGCAGGCACAUGUGGCGUUGUCAAACACUGAGGCAGACUGGAGUAGAGUAGUAGUUAGGUAACUGGUUAUCACAUCAGCAUGACAGCACCAUUAAGAGUGUCAGUUUUUCGGAAUGGCUGUGCCGGCUGUGGUCAUGCCCUUCUGUUUAGGAACUCCCUGAGUGACCUGAUGUCAGCAGCAUCAUCCAAGCUUGGGUUUGCUGUUGGAGCACUGUUUAAUGAGCAAGGAGGUCUCAUUAGUGAUCCAGACAUCAUAAGGGAUGGUGACAUACUGCUGGCGGCUGCCGAGGGUGAGCCGUUUUCCCGUGCUGCGCCAUCCCUCGCUGCUGGCGGCGCCGCUGGUGUCCGGAGCGGGUGCUCCGACAGUGGCACCACUGAGUGGGUGACGCUGAACGUGGGCGGCCGCCUGUUCACCACCAGUGUCACCACGCUCACUGGCGUCGAGCCGAACUCGAUGCUGGCCAGGAUGUUCGGCGGCGACCCUGAGGGCUUGCGUCCCGGUGACCGGGACAGCUCGGGCGCCUACCUGAUCGACCGCAGCCCCACCUACUUCGAGCCGAUCCUGCACUACCUGCGCACGCGGCAACUGGUGCUGGACGAGGGUGUCAACCCGGCCGGUGUGCUGGAGGAGGCGCGCUUCUUCGGGGUGGAGUCGCUGCUGGGCCGGCUGGAGGCGCUGGCGGCGGCCGCGCCGCCGGUCGCCGCCGACGCGCCGCUUUCGCGCCGAGAGGUGGUGCGUGCCCUGCUGGUGACGCCCAGCCAGGCCAGCCUCCGCUUCCAGGGCGUCAACUUCACUGGCGCCGACCUGUCCAAGCUCGAUCUCAGGAACAUCAACUUUAAGUACGCGUGCCUGAGGGACUGUAACCUGCGCAACUGUAACCUGACGGGCUGCUGUCUGGAGCGCGCCGACCUGUCCGGCGCCAACCUAGACUCGGCCCAGCUUUCCUGCGUCAGGAUGAUCUGUGCCAACCUGGAGUCGGCCUACAUGCGCUCCUGCAACUUUGAAGACCCGGGUGGCAUCAGGGCUAACCUUGAAGGUGCCAACAUGAAGGGCGCCAUACUGACGGGCAGCAACAUGUCCUCCAUAAACCUGCGCGUGGCGACGCUGAAGAACGCCAAUCUUCAGGACUGUGACCUGCGGCUGGCCAUCCUGGCCGGAGCCGACCUCGAGAACGGCAACCUCUCGGGCAGUGAUCUACACGAGGCAAAUCUGCGCGGCGCCAACCUCACCAACACCGUCUUCGAGCUGAUGCUGACGCCCAUCCACAUGUCACAGACGGUGCGGUAGACCGCCCAGCGUGGGCUCAGAUGCGCUGCCGCUCUGGCUCGGUAUGGGAGCCGGCACGGGCCCGCAUGUGGCGUCCGUUAGGCUCCGUCCCGUGCGUGGUCGGUUGGGGUCCGGCCUGCAAAGACAGUAGGCCAGGCUUGCACCAUCCAGCGGCUCAGAUAGAGCGCCUCGGUUGCGGGCGUGGUGCGGAUCCGUCGGGGUCCCGCUGUUCUCGGCACGCGUCGCCGACGGGCGCUUUUUCUGCGUCGUCGACGGUGUGCGCCUGCCGCCUUCUGCCGGUCGCUGGAUUCGGCCAUUUGUUGCGAGCGCCCGUCGCGGUCGUGGAGAGCCAUUCCCUGAUGGUGGGCGCGGCUGGCUGCCUACGACGCCGGACGCCUCGCGCUGCUGCCAGGGCGUUAGUGUUUGUCACUCGGUGUGGGCGGUGAGAGGCCGCGGGGCAUUUGGGCAAGUGCUUUCCCGCAAGGCAGGGCGUACACGAUGUGGUGGAAAUGGACAGGGUUUGUCGGAUGUGAGCAUCGCAUGCUAUCCGCAGGUUCACCCUGUGGUAUGUGGUGUCAUUUGCUGUUGUUUGUCGGCGUCAGCCAACCUCAGUGCAAUAAACCACGACGAUGUU